AUGAUGCUUCCGAACUUUUCAGUUUCUUCAUUGGUUUUUUUCCUUCUGAUAUCAGCUUCAUGGGCACAUGCUCGGACUCCACCUUCAACACAAGACAAUUUAAUCAAAUGCCUCUCAAAAUAUUCUCAGACUUCCGUUCCAUUCUCCCAAGCCUUUUUCACUCCAAAUACGUCUACAUUCACUACUGUCCUCGAAUCUACUGCACAAAACCUCAGGUAUUUGGUACCUUCAAUGCCUAAGCCGGAGUUUAUUUUCACACCAGUGCAUGAUUCUCAUGUCCAAGCUGCUGUUAUUUGCUCAAAAAAGCUUCAAAUACACCUCAGGGUCAGAAGUGGAGGCCAUGAUUAUGAAGGCCUCUCUUAUGUAUCCCAGAUUGAAACACCUUUCAUUAUUGUAGACCUUGCCAAGCUUCGGUCAGUCAAUGUUGAUAUCAAAAACAACGCCGCAUGGAUUCAAGCUGGUGCCACCAUUGGUGAGGUUUACUACAGAAUUGCAGAGAAAAGCAAAACUCAUGGUUUUCCUGCCGGGCUCUGCACGAGUCUAGGUGUUGGCGGACAUAUAACUGGAGGUGCAUAUGGUUCCAUGAUGAGGAAAUAUGGCCUUGCUGCUGAUAACGCCAUUGAUGCUCGAAUUGUUGACGUCAAAGGGAAAAUCCUUGAUCGGAAGGCAAUGGGAGAGGACCUGUUUUGGGCCAUCAGAGGAGGUGGAGGAGCAAGCUUUGGAAUCAUCCUUUGGUGGAAGAUAAAGCUGGUUCCUGUUCCAGCAACUGUGACAGUUUUUGCAGUUGCUAAGACCUUGGAAACAGGUGCCACAAAGCUCCUCCAUAGAUGGCAACAAGUAGCUCCAGUAAUUGAUGAGGAUCUGUUUAUCAGAGUUUUCAUACAAUUAGCAAAUGGCACCAAAACUGGCACUAAAACAGUCACAACUGUUUACCAGGCCCUAUUUCUUGGAGGUGCUGAUAGAUUAGUUCGUGUCAUACAGAAAAGCUUCCCUGAAUUGGGCGUGACAAGAAAAGAUUGUACUGAAACAAGUUGGAUCAAGUCUGUGCUGUUCAUAGCAGGGUACCCAAGUGGAACUCCAACUGAGGUUUUGCUUCAAGGAAAAUCCACAGGCAAGAACUACUUCAAAGCCAAAUCUGACUUUGUCCAGAACCCAAUUCCAGAAACUGGGCUUCAGGGGCUAUGGAAGAGGUUGCUGAAAGAAGCCUCUCCUCUGAUGCUUUUGACCCCUUAUGGUGGAAUGAUGAGCAAGAUUUCAGAGUCUGCAAUACCUUUUCCCCACAGAGGGGUGCUGUUUAAAAUUCAGUACCUGAGUGGAUGGCAAGAGGGAGAUAAAACUGAGGCAAAGCACAUGAAUUGGAUCAGGAAGCUUUACAGUUACAUGGCCCCUUAUGUUACAAUGUCUCCAAGGCAAGCAUAUGUGAAUUAUAAGGAUCUUGAUUUGGGGAUUAACAAGAAGAGCAACACAAGCUUUAUUGAAGCGAGUUCUUGGGGUUACAGGUAUUUCAAGGACAACUUUAACAGAUUGGUAAAAAUUAAGACCAAAGUUGAUCCUAAUAACUUCUUCAGGCAUGAACAGAGCAUCCCACCUCUUCCAAAAAGAGGACAUCACUAG